CCCGCCGCCGAGAGCGCUUCCGGGAGGUUACCGUGGCUGGCGGGUCCGAGUGCCUCGGCCUGCGGAAUCGCGGGCUCGGGAGCCGGGUCCUGGCGGGCUCGCCAUGGACCGCGAUUUGCUGCGGCAGUCGCUGGGCUGUCACGGUCCGGCGCUGCUGUCGCUGCUGCGGAGCGAGCAGCAAGACAACCCGCACUUCCGGAGCCUGCUGGGCACGGCGGCUGAGCCAGCCCGCGGCGCGGCGCCUCCGCAGGGAGCUGCCAGGAAAGAGAAGAGAGUUGACAACGUUGAAAUACAAAAAUUCAUCUCCAAGAAAGCAGAUUUGCUUUUUGCACUGUCUUGGAAAUCAGAUGCACCUACACCCUCUGAAGUGCACGACGACAAUGACAAUCAUUAUGCGGUCAUGCCACCUUUAGAACAGUUCAUGGAGAUCCCAAGCAUGGACCGAAGAGAGCUGUUUUUCCGAGAUAUUGAACGUGGUGACAUAGUGAUUGGAAGAAUCAGCUCUAUCCGGGAGUUCGGUUUUUUCAUGGUGCUGAUCUGUUUAGGAAGUGGCAUCAUGAGAGACAUAUCUCAUUUAGAAAUCACAGCUCUCUGUCCCUUAAGAGAUGUGCCUUCUCACAGUAACCAUGGAGAUCCUUUAUCAUAUUACCAAACUGGUGACAUAAUUCGAGCUGGAAUCAAGGAUAUUGACAGGUAUCAUGAGAAGCUUGCCGUAUCUCUGUACAGCUCAUCUCUUCCACCCCAGAUGUCUGGCAUUAAACUAGGUGUGAUUACUUCUGAAGAGCUACCUUUGUACUACAGGAGGAGUGUUGAACUAAAUAGUAAUUCUUUGGAGUCCUAUGAAAAUAUCAUGCAGAGUUCUCUGGGAUUUGUUAAUCCAGGAGUAGUUGAAUUCCUUCUGGAGAAACUAGGAAUAGAUGAAUCUCAUCCACCAUCUUUAAUGAGAGGCCUACAAAGCAAAAAUUUCUCCGAAGAUGAUUUUGCUUUGGCUUUAAGAAAGAAGCAGUCAGCAUCUUGGGCUUUAAAAUGUGUGAAGAUUGGGGUCGAUUACUUCAAGGUGGGGCGACAUGUGGAUGCUAUGAAUGAGUACAAUAAAGCUCUGGAGAUAGACAAGCAGAAUGUGGAAGCUCUGGUGGCUCGUGGAGCAUUAUAUGCAACAAAAGGAAGUCUGAACAAAGCAAUAGAAGAUUUUGAGCUGGCAUUAGAAAACUGCCCAACUCACAGGAAUGCAAGAAAAUAUCUCUGCCAGACCCUCGUAGAAAGGGGAGGGCAGUUAGAAGAAGAAGAAAAGUUUUUAAAUGCUGAAAGUUACUAUAAGAAAGCUCUGACUUUGGAUGAGACAUUUAAAGAUGCAGAGGAUGCUUUGCAGAAACUUCAUAAACAUAUGCAGAAAUCUUUGGAAUUAAGAGAAAAACAAGCUGAAAAGGAAGAAAAGCAGAAAACAAAGAAAAUAGAAACAAGUGCAGAAAAGUUGCGUAAGCUCUUAAAAGAGGAGAAAAGGCUGAAGAAGAAAAGAAGAAAAUCGUCAUCAUCCUCUUCAAGUGUUUCUUCUGCUGAUGAAUCCGUUUCAUCUUCCUCAUCCUCUUCCUCUUCUAGUCAUAAACGUCAUAAGAAAAGUAAGAGGAAUCGUUCAGAGUCUUCUCGCAGUUCAAAGAGGCACUGGUCUAAGACAUCUUCAAGUCACAUAGAUCAGAAUAGGAAAGAUGAUUGCUACCCAGUUCCAACUAAUACUUCAGCAUCUUUCCUUAAUCAAAAACAAGAAGUGGAGAAACUGUUGGAAAAGCAGGAUAGGUUACAGUGUCCAAGCACACAGGUGAAAGAGAAAGAGAGAUGCCUUCUCACAUCUUCAGCUGAAGUGCCAGAUGACUUGGGAGGUAGGUCUGAAGACACAAGAGAUUUUUACAAUAGCUCUAAAACCCAGACAGGUAGUAGCAAAACCGAAAAGCCAUAUAAAUCAGAAAGAUAUUUCUCCAGUAGGAGAAAUUCCUUGGAUUCCUUCUGUAGAAAUUCAGAAGACAAGAUGAAAGCAUCUAGUUCUAGGAGAUUUGAAAAGGACACGGAGGGAAGAAAAGAUCACUCUAGAAGGUGGGAGCCAGGUUCUGUGAAGUAUUCUACUUCACCAGCAAGUUCGGACUACUCUUGGAAGUCACUUGAAAAACACAAAAAAUACACUUCCUCUGGAUCACGUGACAGUAGGCCUGAGCAAAGGUACCCGUUAAAUACAAGUCAGGGAGAGCACGCAUAUGAAAAGGAGGACAGCUCUGGGGAGGGUAACAAGACCGAGGCUCCAGAAGAGACACCGAAUAGCAAAGAGCAACCAGAAAACAGAGUUAAGAAAAAUAUACCUCAAAAUUUACUCAAUAUAUUUAAUCAGAUAGCUGAAUUUGAGAAAGAAAAGGGAAAUAAGCCAAAAAAAUGAUCUGCUUAGGAAAUCCUCACUGAAUUUCAGAAGUUUGGGGAUGCUUUAGUCUCAACAAGCGGUUCUGGGUCUAACGUAGUUUAUAGCAGAUUACAAGACAUUUCUCAGAUUUGUUUCAGCUAUCAGCCCUUUUGUCAUAGUCAGUGCUUUGAGUAUGUGGGUAUUUGCAGAUGUAGCUCUUACCUGACAAUUGAAACUCUUCACCUAAAGGUAUUUUCAGAGGGCUUUGUUUCUUCAUUGUACAAUGGCUUGUGAGAAUCCUGGGCCUAUCAUAUUUCACUGUUGGAGAGCAAUAUGUUUGCGUUGAACAGUUGGAUUGUUUUAUCAGAAAAAUACUUUAUUCUCUUGUUAAAAAGCCCUUAGCUUGGGUGGGGGGAUAUUAUAUAAUUGAAUGUUUCUUAGGUACUAUUUUAAGUCAUUUGUUUUAGGCAUUAAAACUUUUGCAACAUUUCAUUUUUAAGUGAUAAAUUAUGAUUUGAUUUACCUCUAACGCCUGAUAUAAAUGGUUUGCAAACAUUGUUUUCUUCCCAGCUUAACAAAUACCUUAAGAAUAAGACCAUGAAAGUUGGUUAAUCAGAGCCUGUUUUACUUAUGCCUCCAUUAUUAUAUUUACUUAGUGGUUAUGUUCAUAAGAAAAAUUUUAACUUUAAAUACUGACAAAACCGGUAGGGAAUUACAGACAAGACUAUAUGAGAACAGAAAAUAACUUAGUGAAAAUAGCAACAGAGAGGCACCCUGUAAAUCUGAUUUUUCUUCUGUCUUAAUAUUGCACGUGCUUGGGAAGUCAGUAGGCAUGUUUCUGAACAGCGGAGGACUGGCUUACAAUUUACUCUUCUGCUGCUCUGUUACCUUCUCUUUUUUAUUGAGAUGCCUUUCUCUGAAUCGUGGUGAAUGACAGAAUCAAUUCCAGGCCUCUGAGAUGGCUUAGUGGGUAAAAGACUACCCAAGCUGAUGACGUGAGUACAGUCCCCAAACGCCAAGGCCUAGGGAGAGAACUGACUCCAAAGGCCUGUCCUCUGACAGCCACACACAAACAUAGUAGCUACCUAUACACACAAACAACUAACAAAGGAAUCAUCUUGGACUUUCAGAGAACCUCUCUGAAAAUUAAAUAGUAGACUCUUGGAGAUAUUAGUAGGUAUCGUAGCUUUUGCACUUAUGCUCUUCAAUUAGGAUUCUAGAAAGUGCAAAUGGCACUGAGCAUUUAAUCUCCUGGUCAUUAGACGGGAUCUACUGCAGACAUGCAUGAGAGAGAUGAGGGAGUAGUAGAAAAAGACUCAUUGCAUGUUUAUACAGAUAAAAUACUAAAACUUUAGUAAUGAUAUGUACUAUCUGCACCAAAUUAUAGUGGUGGGAAACUACUGUACAAACAGUACAAUAGGAAAAAGAAGCCUUGAUUAAGAACAACUAAUAAUAGCCAGGCAUUGGUGGAGCAUACCUUUAAUCUCAGUACUCCAGGAGGCAGAGGCAAGCAGAUCUCUGUGAGUUCGAGACCAGCCUGGUCUACAGAGUGAGUUCCAGGACAACCUCCAAAACAAUACAGAAAAACCCUGUCUGGAAAAACCAAGAAAAAAAAGAACAACUAAUAAUAACAGCAGAAAUUAGAUCAUCACUUCAAUAUUAGUUUCUGUACCAAGGAAGUCAUUAUUAUUACUAUUAUUAUUGUGAACAUGUGUGCCACAUAUGUAGAGAUUGGAGGACAACUUGAGGGAGUCAAUUCUCUUCUAUCUUAUGGGUUCCAGGAGUGAAACUUGCUUUUAUGUUACUUCAAUAAACCUGUGAUACAUUUAAUCAUCCCUGUAUUACAAUAAGAAAAAGUGUAGGAAAGCAAACCUCUUAGUAAGAAACAAAACUCUUGCCUUCGUAGAAUAAAAAGUUUAAUGUUUUAAGUUCCAGGUAACUUACAAACUUACAUGACCAAGAGUCACAACAUUGUUAAACAUAAUGAUGAUAGGAUUAAUCAGUUUUGUAUCUUAAACAUCAUGCAUUUUGGCAGAAUUUCAACUAAAAAGUAUGCACAAUUUUCUUUGCCAUUUUAGUUAUUAGACUUAACUAUGCCUUCCCAUUUCUGAAUUAAAAAUGAUUAUCAUUAGAAACAGAUUUACUACCACUACUGCCUUUUCAGAAGUAACUGAGGAGUGGUUCUAAGACAAUCACUGUUGAAAUGAAUAUUUUUCCCAAGGUUUAAAGUCAAUGCUCCUUUAUCUACCUGAAUGCUAAUGUGUUUAAAAUCUAGCUUUAUAGUAGCAUUUCACACUCUAGUCCAAAAAGUUCAAAGUGCUGCAAAUGUAGUAUUAGCUGAAAAAACUGAUUUUAAAUAUGCAAUAUCAACCUCCAUUUUAAAUUUAGUAUGUUCAUUUAUUUUCAAGGUCAGGGUAGAGACAUUCUUAGCAAUGCAAGUUGUACUUUAUGAAAAUAUAUAGAUAUAAGUGUGUAUAUACACAUACAUUGUUUUUCUAACUGAGGGAGUGGUAAUGAUGGUAUUUUUUCGUUACAAAUUAUAACCAAAAAAAAAAAAAAAGACCUUUAACAGGUGUGUGUUACCCCCGUGGGAAAAAAAUUGGGGGAAUAUGGUUGUUGUUUUGUUUUUGUUUUUAAUUUUAAAAAGUGGUGAUUUAGAGUAAAUGAAAAUAUUGAGGUGUGCAAUGAAUCUUUUAGAAAGUAUUCCUGAAAAAAAUCUUAUUUCAUAAGUGUUAUUUCAUAAAGCAUCUAAACUACAGACAUCAGUGUUCCCUUAAAAAAAAAAAAGCUGAUUUCCCUCUGCUUUAUUACAUGUGGUCUGGCUAAAGUUCUGCAGUUUCCUUCUCUGUGAAUAAAACAGGAGGAAAACAAAACAAGAAAAAUCUUCGUUCUUUUCUCAAACAGUUUUUGUAGCCACUGUGCAGAACUUUUGUCUGGUCUGCAGUACUUCAAUGCUAUUUUAGUAGGCAUAUAUCAUUAAUAAAUGGGACCCCAGAAAAAGGAAGACUUAACCUUAAGUUAAUGAGAUUUUCACCUGUGUUCAAAAUUUAUACAAGAGAUUAAAAGUUUUUAUUUGCUGGGCUUUUUUCCUUUAGGAGUACUUGAAUUACUGUCAUUACUGUCUGACUUAGAACUUUUGCUUCCUGCCGGAGACCCUGGGAAGCUGAUCUGUAAUACUUUCACUGAAAUUGGAGGAGAAACAGGAGAACUUGGGCCCUCGAGUGACCUAGAACAAAAAAAAAGAUUUACUAUAAAUUUAAUACAAAAUGUACUUAAAAUAGACCUUAUUGGCAAAAAAAAAAGUCGUAAUUCCAUAAGUAAAGAACUAGAAAAUCCCUUAGUGUUUAUUAAAUUUAAACAUAUGACCCAAUUCUUUCAAAAGAAGAAAUGAACACAGUUUAAUAGUUGAAUACUUGUUUCUGUGAGCACAUUAUUUUCAACUGUAACCAGUUAGUUUGUAAAAUGAGAAGAGAGGAGCAGGUACUUCGAACAGUCAUCACAAUGUUAGUCUUAAGUCAUGUAGCUGAAGAGAAAUAUGGAGUGUGUUGGUAGGAAAAAUGUUAGUCUUAAGUCAUGUAGCUGAAGAGAAAUAUGGAGUGUGUUGGUAGGAAAAGUGGUGAGAUCGUUUGGAAGACAGCCAUUCAGUCCUAAGAUAAAAUGUUUUUUAAAAAGUACAGAAAAUUUUAAUAUGUAAUAGUAAAGAUAUUGAGUGGCUUAAAAUAUUUAUGUAGAAGCAUAAAUAUUUUUUUAAACUUAAAACACUGUCUUUGAGGAUCCAUUUUUCAUUUUUAAUGAAAGUUUUACAGACUAAUAAAAACUAGAAAAUAGCUGUCAACAGUAGGAGAUUAGAAAUCGUAAAAUUAGCUUCAUCAUUAAUAAACCUGUCAACAAAGAUCUAGUACCCAUGACUUAUCCCUACUGACAGAUUUCUGGAUUGCAUUAAGCUCAGUAAGACACCAUAAAUAAAAACUGGUUACAUAGAAUUUCACAGGAGCAGCUGUAAUUACAAAACUUUGUACCUUUUACAGUUUAAAAAGAGUUAAAGUUUCCUAGAGUUGGAGUUCGCUCAAAAUGUUAGCUAUAUCACCUCAAUUUUCACCCAACCUUGUUCCCCUAAAAUAGCUUGCUAGUUACAAGGAAUGUGCCUGCAAAGUUGACAGGAGUGUUACCAUAAAGUGAGGUUGCUAAUGUGAGGAGAAUGGGUAGCAUGCUGGGCAGUAACAGCUGUGAGACUUGACGCCACCUUAGUAGCCUUGCCCUUACCUGAUUGACAACAGUGAAGACUGUGAGGAGGUUCUGGAGCUCCGGCCUUUAACUGUAGGCAGUUCUAACCCAUUCUGGAAGAAUAUUGUAAUUAUUAGUUCUGCCACAUUUUAGAAGAAAACUAAUUAGAUACACAGACAAACUAUAUUAUACUCUAUUACCUGCUCAAAAUACGUUUGAAGAAUGACGUGGACUUCAGCGUUUUCCAUGGCACUAACUAACAUUUGGUCAAUUUCCCUAUGAAACUCUUUAAUCUCACGGAGUUCAAUGUCUUGUUCUUCUAGUGUUUCUUCAUUUGUUUCAUUCAAAAUGCGGAUUUCUCUUCUGAGUCUUCCACACUGUCAAUAAUAACAGUCAACUAUUACAUACACCUCCUUUCCACCAAGUUCAGGGAAGAGGGGUUGAGUGCAUUUGGUACAUGAAAAAGUGAAUGCUAGGGCCAGCGCUAAGAAAUGUCAGCACCUGCUUAGUCACGCGCUCUAAUUUCGGCUGCUGCUCCUCAGUCUCUUUGCGGAGUUGAAGUGAGUAAGUUUGUUUCUCUGAUAAUUUCUCUUUGACAUUAUUUGCUAAGUGUUCUAUAACUUCAAAAGUAUUUUCCAUGCUCUGUAGAAAAUAAAAUAUCAACAUAUUUAUGGUCAGAAUAAAAACAUGACUUUUUUGCCAAUUA